UGAGGUCAGCGCGUGCUCGGGGCCCAGUGAAAGCUCAGAUUGUUUAUUGAGCUCCCGGAGCCACGCGCCUGGCCCGAGGGAGCCGGCCCGCGGAAGAAUCACACAGCGGGGGCGGGGCCUCGCCACGGAGCGUGCGGGGAGGGGGUGGGUGCUUGGGUGGAGUGUGCGUCAGGGCGCGUGUUGAAAAAGAGGAGUGCUGCCAAAGUUUGGGUCACAUAGGCUGGUGAAGAACAGCAGUCAAGAGAGAUUUGAACCACAGUCGACCACCGCACGCCCCCCCCCUCUGUCCCCACACGAAGGACCCGAGAGCCAAGCGUCACCGCAUCCAUCACGGGAGCUGUCACAGACAUGGCAACCAUCACCACCACGCAGACCGCCUUCGCCUUCGCGCUCACUGAGAGACGCUCCGGCUUGAGCGUGCACGCUCCGGCGCAGGAUUGCUCGCUCCCGACCGCGCGCGAGCAGAACCGAAGCAGCAAGGUGCUGAAGAGACAGCGCUCCAACUCACCCGAGCUGCUCCGCUGCAAGCGUCGCCUGAGUUUCAACGGCCUGGGCUACUCCAUCCCUCAGCAGCAGCCCGUGGCUGUGGCCCGGCGGAACGAACGGGAGAGGAACCGGGUCAAGCAGGUCAACAUGGGUUUCCAGACGCUUCGCCAGCACGUGCCCAACGGGGCCGCCAACAAGAAGAUGAGCAAAGUGGAGACUCUGCGCUCAGCGGUGGAGUACAUCCGAGCUUUGCAGCAGCUUUUAGACGAGCACGACGCGGUGUCGGCGGCGUUUCAGUGCGGACUGCCCUCGCCCACGCUUUCCAACACCUACUCGGCCGACCCGGAGUCGCCCCACUCCACGUACUCGUCCGAUGAGCCUCUGAGCUCCGAGGAGCAGGAGUUGUUGGACUUCACCACCUGGUUCGACCGAUAUUGACGCAGCGCCACUCGGCGGCGCCCGUGCGUAAAAGCGAGCCGGUGCAUCAGCCCGCACCGGAGACGCGGCAGUUUCGAAGAGUGUUGUGACCGCCCGCCCUCACCUGACUCUGCGAGCAAAGCAGCCAAGCAAUAAUGACAGCCUUUGAGGGAGUGAAGGAGCGAAGGGGAUGGACUGUGUCAUGUUGACGCGCUGAAGUAAAUACUGUUGAAUAAGUGCAAUUAGGCGAGGCUCAGACACACACACGCACACGCGUACACACACGUACAAACUCACAUCCAGCCACAACCGUCCUCAAAUGACUUAAGAUGGACAAACAUGUACAUUUCUUUCUUGUCAUUCAUUGUAACACGAAGACCUAUUUUUGUACACUGAAAAUUGUGAAUGACUGAUGGGCUGAAAUUUUAUCAGCAAUGUCAAGGCUACUACUACCUGGGACGAAUUGCAGUUCAUUUGCCUUUUUUAUAUCAAUCGAUCUAAAAAUAGGAGGCGAUAAGGAGAUCUCUUUUGAUGUAUGCACUUGUUCUCCUCUUCGUGUAGCCUCCAAAUGUACAUAUUUGAUUUUAACAGAUAUAUUUGUGUAAAACGAGUUUUAUAAAUAAAUAAUCUAUUUAUAUUA